AUGGACGACCGAGCCGCAAUCCCAGUUACCUUGCCUAGGAGUAAUCCGACGCAGAGUUACUGGCAACUCGAACCCGACGAGAUUGCUGAUUUACGAUCGACCGACUCGCUACCCGAAAAGGCGGAAACAGUCAUCAUCGGAAGUGGGAUUACGGGUGCCGCCGUGGCUUUCAAUCUAUUGAAUAGUGGCGCCAAUGAUAUCGUCAUGUUAGAAGCUCGACAGGCAUGUUCGGGCGCCACUGGACGGAAUGGCGGACAUACGAAAGCGGCAUCGUACCGCUCGUUCUUAUACUAUGAGGAAGAAUAUGGCACCGAGACGGCUGUGAAGAUUGCUCGUCUUGAGUUAGCUAAUAUCCGUGCCGUCCAUGCAUUUGCAAAAGAGCAUGGUAUUGAAUGCGAUAGCAAUCCUUGUGAUACUAUAGAUGUGGUCUACGAUGAGGCGCAGUGGGAGCGAGAUCAGCAGGCUGUGGAGGCGAUGCGAGAUGCUAUGCCUGGCGAUGAUGCAUCGGUGUAUACCAUUCACAGCGCUGAAGAGGUGCGAGAUAAGUUCUUCUGCGGUUGCGGGGGAGAUGAAGGUGUAUAUGGCGGGGUAUCGUACGAAGCGGGGAGCUUGAGUUCUUACAAGUUCGGUAUUGGGGUGUUGAAGCUAUGCUUGGCGAAGGGACUCAAUUUACAGACGAAUACUUCCGUAUUGGAUUUGGAAAAACUCGAGGAUGGUGGCUGGAAAGUCGAGACAUCUCGAGGGUCAAUCCAAGCUAAAAGAGUCGUCCUGGCAACAAAUGGCUAUACCGCGAGGAUCUGGAAGAAAUUCCAAGGUAUUAUCGUCCCACUCCGCGGACACGUUACCGCCCAAAGACAAGGUUCGAAGAUGCCGAAAGAUGGGUUACCCGUAACGUAUAGCUUCAUCUACGAGGACGGCUACGACUAUAUGAUACAAAGACCUAAGGGUUCGCAGUUUGAAGGCGAUAUCGUGAUCGGCGGGGGUCUUGCUAAAGGUGACAACGAAGGUAUCGAGGAAUAUGGCACGACGGAUGAUACCGCGUUUGACGAUGUCAUUAUGCAAGCCUUAAAUCGCAGUCUCCCCGAGUAUUUCGGUGAUAAUUGGGGUCAGGACAAUCCGGAGGGGCGCAUUCGCAAUGCAUGGACUGGCAUUAUGGGCUAUAGCCCCGACGGCUUCCCUUUCGUCGGUGAGAUGUUGGGAGAGAAGGACCUAUGGGUUUCGUGUGGCUUUCAGGGACAUGGAAUGGUCCUCUGCUGGAUGUGUGCCCGCGCACUAGUACGUAUGAUGAAUGGCGGCGAUGACGAUGAGCUCGACUCUUGGUUCCCCGAGGAAUUUAGAAUUACCGAGGAGAGGCUGCACCUAGACUUUCAUGGCCGUUUACAUACUUGA